AUUUUGGGGUUCAAGGGAAAACGCCAUAUUGGAUCACCGUAGCUAACAGUUUACAGCUAGCGGUUUGAAAAAGGACCACUUAUUGAUCCCCAGUUGCUUGGGCGUUUUAGCACUUUUGCUUCUCUCUCCAUUUUCUACAACCCCCUUUUUUCUGGAGGGCUAUCGAAAUCUAGGAACGCGUGUUUACUGAACGGGGAACACGUUGAUUUGCGAGAAAGGGGUGUUUAAAAAAAUAAGUUGAAUGGAUCCGAGGGUUGCUUGGAUUCAGCCGGAACAGAAAGGACCUGCGAACGCCUUAUGGAUGCAUGUCUGGGAAACGUCUCAGGUAGUCCGGGCUAACUCCGGUCAGCAUCACAACCACCACAAUAUUUGUGUCAAUUCUCCGGUGUUGGACGGUUUUAAAAAUGUUGCGGCCGCGGCAACAUCAAGCAAAGGCGUCUGCAGCAGCAACCCAGCCACCACCGUAAGCAGUCACCAGAGCAAUGCAAAUAACAGCACUAACGUUAACUCACGAAAUGGCACUGCAAUAGCUGGAUUUGCAACGUUACCGAACGGCAGCGCUCAAAACGGUAUGAUUGCUUCAUCGUUAAACGCCAAUGGAGUAAAGGUAGGUGUUGAGGAGGCCAAAACGUCUGUACAGACGGGCUCAGUUUCUUCGUCGUCCUCAGUGGAAUCUGGAGCGGACAGUCCAUCUUCCAAUUGCUCUAGUAUGGGAAGGACUACUAACUUUAGCAAUGUGAACGUUAGCGGCAGUGUUCUCACAGGGAAUAUGAACAGGAAUACUGGGGGUCCCAAUCUGUUUUUUAGUUUCAGUGAGAAUAUGUUUAACAAUGUCAACCACCAUCACCACCACCACCACCACCAUCAACGCCAUUCGCAUCAGGAGCAACAGCAGUAUAAUAUUCAACAAAAUUGCAUCAAGCGCCACCCGUUUAACCCGUCUGCAAUCCAUAAUCACCACAAUCACCACCAUCCAGGCCGAAGGAAAAGUGACAACAAAGCGAGCACGUAUGGAAUAAACUACCAGCUGUCUAAUUUGAGUAAUGGCAAUUAUGUCAGUUCUGGGACGCCGUGGAAGACGAGAAGAUACAGCCUUGGGGUGGACGGGCUUCAUGAGGAGAUUGUGGACUUCUACAACUUCAUGUCCCCUCGACCAGAAGAGGCGGCCAUGAGGAAGGAGGUGGUGGACCGGAUAGAAACGGUUAUCAAGGACCUUUGGCCCACCGCAGAUGUGCAAAUAUUUGGUAGCUUUAGCACUGGCCUCUAUCUCCCUACCAGUGACAUCGACUUGGUGGUCUUUGGCAAAUGGGAGAGGCCCCCGCUUCAACAGUUGGAGCAGGCACUCCGGAAACACAACGUGGCAGAACCGUACUCCAUCAAAGUACUAGACAAAGCUACGGUACCCAUCAUCAAACUGACUGACCAGGAGACGGAGGUGAAGGUCGACAUCAGCUUUAACGUGGAAACUGGCGUCAAAGCCGCACGCUUUAUCAAGGAUUAUGUGAAGAGGUACACCGUGCUGCCUUACUUGAUCUUCGUGCUGAAGCAAUUUCUCUUGCAAAGAGAUUUGAACGAGGUCUUCACUGGAGGCAUAAGCUCCUACAGCCUCAUCCUCAUGGUCAUCAGCUUCCUGCAGCUGCAUCCACGCAUCGACACCAGGAAUCCCAGCGUGAACUUCGGCAUGCUGCUGAUCGAGUUCUUUGAGCUGUACGGCCGGCACUUCAACUACAUGAAGACGGGCAUCCGGAUAAAGAACGGUGGCGCCUACAUGGCCAAAGAGGACAUCAUGAAGGCCAUGACCAACGGCUACCGGCCCUCCAUGCUCUGCAUCGAGGAUCCCCUGCUGCCAGGGAAUGAUGUUGGGAGAAGCUCGUAUGGGGCAAUGCAGGUGAAACAGGUGUUUGACUAUGCCUACAUCGUCCUGGGCCAUGCGGUAUCGCCACUGGCGCGUUCCUACCCGAACAAGGACAUUGACAGCACUUUGGGACGCAUCAUCAAGGUGACCCAGGAGGUCAUCGACUACCGGGAGUGGAUCUUCCAGAAGUGGGGCGGCCGUGCAGAACGGAACACAGGUGUGGUGCAUAAGGACCCGACUGAGAUGGUGGACUCCAGCCCUCUGCUGGGCGUGUCUGUGGAGGACCAGCAGCAGAGGGACUCUGUCUCGCCCCACAGCGCAGACUCCCCCAUGUCCCUGUCCAGCCCCCAGCAGCACUCAUCGGCCUCCUCCACCUCCUCACUGUCCGGCGGCAGCGACAUAGACUCGGACCCGACCCCCUGCGUGCCACCACCGUUGCCCCAGUACCCGCUGCCCCUGGCACUGGGUGCCCUUCCCCCUGCGCUCCAGAUUAGCACGGCCAAACCCAACCUCAGCACGGCACUGGGCAUGCCUCCUGUCUCCCAGGGCCGAGUGUCCAUGCAGGGUGGGCUCCCGCUCCACGCCUUGCCUGGCAGACAGGUGUGUAUGGCAGACGGACCCCCACCCCCAUACCUCCACAUGCCCCCCCCAGCCUCCCCCAGCCCACUGCCUAGUCCCCACCUCCACCAUAAGCAGAAUGGGCCUAAGUUCCCUAAGGGCUUCCACAACUCGGCCGUGGCCCACAGCCCUGUGCUGGCCAACCGCAAUGGGCACGUGCAGUACAACCGCAACACCUGGCGCCGCCGCAAGAGGGAGAGUCUGCCCGCCAGCGUCAGUAGAUAGGAGCACCUUCUUGCCCCCCCCCCCCCCCCUCCCUCCCCUGAUUGACCCUUAAGUCCUGACCACCCUAGUCUUCCCCCUCCGUCCCAUCACUCUCCUCUCCCAAUACGCUGGUCUGCGAUAUGGCUAACUGCAGCGUUGCAGGGGGGAAAACCAGAACUGACAAACGGACUUGCCGUCGCCCCCUGCUGCCGCUACUGGAGAAGGACGGCAGGGACCGAGCCGGCAGAGGGAGACGGAUAGCCUGGCCGGUCCCGGACAUGGAGCAAAACGAGCGAACAAGCCUCUCGCAAACCAGCCUCGUUGUGCGUCUUCCACUGUCCACGUGUGUGCGCUCAGGCAUGUGCACGGACACGCACCUCUACGUCUCCCUCCCCACCCUCCUACUCGUCUGGUCAGCGGAGGUGUGUGUGUGUGGUGGUGGUGGGUGGUGAUGGUGGUGCUAUCUUUCAGUCUGCCACUGAAUCUGUUUGUUUUUCUUUUUGUUUUUUUUAUUUUCUUUUGCUUUUUUUCUUUUUCCCUCCCAUGCUCUGGCGAAAAGGUGUGUCAAAAAAAAAAUGAACCCCAAAAAAAAACAAAAUAGAAGGAAAAAAAAAACACAAAAAAAAGGACAAAAAUACCCCCUCCUCCUUGCUGUGGAUUGGUACUUUUCCAAGCCAUCAGUCUGACACCUUGUUCACUGUAAAAAAGAUUCAUUUUACUCUCCUUUCUUUCACGUUUAUUUUUAAAUGUUUUUGUUAAGGGGCUGAUGCCUUUCUCUCUUUGUGCGCUUUUCUUUUUCACUCAUGUUGUUUGGCCUAAAGGGGACACCAUCCAUAAGUGGGAGGAGCUAGGAUUAAGUGGAUUGUAAGUGAUUGUCACAUUGAUGGCUUGUUUAGGCUGAAGCAUUUGGCAGGGAAAGAAGGGAUGUCAUUUUCCCUAAACCACAGCCACUUUGUGUGUGUGUGUGUGUGUGUGUUUUGAGUGUGAGCGAGCUUGCGUGACACUGUUUAAGAACUGUGCAGCCAAGCUGCCUUUUUAGGUAUGUCAGUUUUGACUGUACAACGUACACGAGGAACAAGUGGUUUAUUUGUGCAAUAAUUUUUUUUUUUUUUUUUUUUUUUGAAAAGAUGUUUUAUUUAAUUUUGUCUCGUUUUUGUUUCCUUUUUAAAAGAUUUCUUUUUAUUAUUUCAUAGUGUUUUUAAUUUUGUUCCGAAGUUUACAGAUCCUGUCGAUAGGGGUCGAUUCCUUGCUUGAAGUCUGUUUUUAUUUUAAUUUCUCAGAGCUGGGCUGUGUUUUUAGGUGUGAGCGCGUUUCGGAGGGUUUGCAUGUGAGGUGGCAGGGUGUGUGUAAGACUCUGUGUCUGAUUACCUCGCCCCUCCACCUCUGUCCCUCUCCCCUGGAUGUUGCCUUGGGCACCCAAUGUCUAGGAGGGUGGUGUGAAGGGAGAACUGCACUAGUGAGGGAGCUGUGCGGGAGGAACUUUUGCUCGUUUGCUCUUGCCACAGACUUUAAGGUAGACUCCCUCACAAGGUGCAGCCCUUUUCAUACCUCCUCCAGAUGUCAAGAUCCUUAAGAUGUCUGUUUUUAAUGUGUAUGUGUGUGCGUGUGUGUUGUGAUUUACAGGUGUACGUUCAUUGGACAUGAAGGUUCUGAUGGGAUUAAUCCCCCCCACCCCCCCCACCCCUCCCCCAGUUCAGUUUGUACCUCGUAAGUAACUUGCCCCUCUUGCCCAAUAGCAGAGGAUUUGUCACCCAGUCAUUUGACCCGAAAUUGAAUUCCGCUCGUACAUCAGUAUUUGUCAACAUGAGUGAGUUUUUCGUGUCUUGUUUGUCUUGUCUUUCCUUUUUUUAUUAUUGACAUGGGAGAAGAUGUGGGAGCGGGACAGGUAGACUGAAGAGAGGACCUUUAGAUCAGUGCAGCUUUUUAACGCUAAGUGCCACCUCCACAAGUUGGUGCCUGCCGAUGGCAUGGUGCCCCAGAUGAAACAGACCUUGAGGAGAAAGGGAAAUAAUUUUGAUUCCUUUCUGGAAUCUUUUGUUUGUGCAUUUAAUUGCCAGGUACUUCUAUUUUGAUGUAUACAUCACAUCUGUGCAUUCUUUUAUUUUUAUGUGACUGUUAUUUUUGUUUGUUUGUUUCUGUUGUCGUCGUCCCCUGUACUGUAUUGUAUUGUUUCCAUGGGUACAUGGCACACGUUGUAUUGCCGUUGCUUGGAAACACUACAGGCAUGCAGGUUACUAUGCAAGUGGAUUAUUUUUGUAUUUUGUGUUUCUCAUUUGGAGUAUCUCCUCUUUGAAACCUGUAACAUUAGUGUGUGCGCGUGUGUGUGUGUGCGCGUGUGUGUGUGCGCGUGUGUGUGUGUGCGCGUGUGUGUGUGUGUGUGUGUGUGUGAACGUGCGCGUGUGUGUGUGAACGUGCGCGUGUGUGGGAGCGUGUGUGUGUGUGUGUGUGUGUGUGUGUGUGUGUGUGUGUGUGUGCGCGCGCGUGUGUGUGAGUGUGCUGGAAAGCAAAGGAGGAACCGUUACACUAGGGCGAGAAGGUGAUUGAGUCCAGCACCUGCCUGUGGUGGCACUUUUUUUUUUUAUUAUUAUUUUUUUUUUUUUAGGACUGACGCUUGGAAGGCAGGUGCAAAAGAACUCUGUAUGCAAGUUACUGUUUUUUUUUUUUUUGUUGUUUUUUCCCUCCCCCUUCCCUGAACUUAACCUUGUGACGUCAAUCCAGUGGAAGUCUGGAGAGAAUAGUCCCUGCUGUUUCAACGCUGAGGCUGUAUCUAUGGCACCCCCUUAAAAAAAAAAAAAAGGAAGAAAAAACUUGCAAAAACAAAAAAAAGAUAAAAAGGACUUGGACUGGCACCUGUUCUGUGUACUGAAUGACUUCAGUGUCAUGCCAAACUCGAUGUGAAGUGCUCCAUUUUUCGUCACCACUUGACAUCAAAGACAGUAUUAAGACUUGUGUGAGCUACAGGAAUGUUUGUGUCAGUUGAUUUUUUUUUUUCCACUUGCCUGCCCGUCAAUGCAAUAUGACAAAAAUGUAACACUUCAGAAAUGGCAGUUAGCUGCUUUUAGAUAGAACCAGCAUCUUUUUUGGAGAAGGCCAAAAGUCACAAACGGAGACAGUCGGCAGUGCGUAACGGUGUCCGAGGGCAAUGCCCCAACACGGCACUGUAGCCUUCCUUUUCCUGAAUGAAACUCAAAAAAAAAAAAAGUAGAAAAAAAAAGUGGUGUUUUUUGCAUCACUUGGGUUUUAAAAAAAGGGUGGCCAUAAUACUGCUAGAUACAAUGUGACACUUCCCCAUUGUGUAUCCAGUGAGGGGAAUUUUAAUGUAAAAUGUUUUUUUGUUCUCAUCCAAACGUCAUGGUGGCCAAAAGCACUCCAUCCCAAAGUAACCCCUAUUCCCACCCUAUCCACCCCCUAGAUCAAACAUGGCCACCCCCGCAACCAAGAGGUCAGAGGAACUGUUGUUUUUUUUUUUUUUUUUUUCCUUGAUAUUUUUAUGUACAUUUUUUUUCUAUUUUAUUUUUUAAUAAACGUCUUA